AUGGCGACCGAGGCUCCUGUCGAUAUCUCGCAGACUCAUCCCUACACCUGCAAUUCGUGUGCGGUGGCCUUUCGCAACAGUGAUGCCCAACGGACUCACAUGCGGAGUGACUGGCACAGAUACAACCUGAAGCGUAGGCUGGCCGAGUUGCCUGCAGUCUCCUCGGAAGACUACAACGAGAAAGUUAUGGCCGCUCAGGCGACCACUAAUGCUGCCGCCGCCCAAGCUGCCUACGCCAAACUGUGUACCACCUGCCAGAAGACAUACUAUAGUGAAAAUGCAUAUCAGAACCACCUUGCAAGCAAGGCACACAAGACAAGAGAAGUGGCGUCAGACAGAGGUUCAGCACGAGAUGCAAAUUCCGUAACUGCGUCCGACAUGCGGCGGCCGGAAUCCACUGUCGGCUCGACAGCAGACUCGGAACCCCGAGAUCCUGUGGCGGAAGCAGAGUUCGAGCAAGUGGUUGCAGGCAUGAAAGAAACGUUCAUCCGAGAUAUGCCUGGAAUUACACGGAGACCUUCAAACCCUCCACCAGACGCAGAGCCUCGAGAAGAUCAUCCCAUGUCACCAGAAAAGACCGAAAUCUCGUCAAUUCCCCUCUCAAGAUGUCUAUUUUGCAAUUACGACUCUCCCAACCUGAAACUCAGUGUCACGCACAUGACCAGGAUACACAGCCUAUUUAUCCCUGAACAGAGUUAUCUUGUUGACCUGGAAGGUUUGAUCCGAUAUAUGCAGGCCAAAAUCCACCAAAACUUCGAGUGUCUCUACUGUCACAAACUCAGGGGCAAUGCAGAAGGUGCGCAAACCCACAUGAGAGACAAGGGUCAUUGUAAGAUUGCCUUUGAGACAGAGGAGGAGAUGAUCGAGGUCGGACAGUUCUAUGACUUCUCCAGCACAUAUUCAGACGCUGGUGAGGAAGGGUCCGAUGGCGAGAUGGAAGGAGCAAAUUCACAACAGAAUGGUGGAGUCAAAUUGGAGGGUACAGCAGAAGACGGUGCAGACGAUGGCUGGGAAACCGAUUCCUCCUUCUCCUCGCUCGACACCAACGAACUUGCGUCUGUCCCGAAUGACGAUCGAACCCUCUCUUAUCAACGACUUCCCCUGCACAGACACCAUUCCAACACCGAUCCUAGACCCCACCGAAACGCAGACGGCUGGCAUUCACACGCUCAUCACCACAAUAACGCGGUCUUCUACGACGAACAUGAAAUGCAUCUUCCCAGUGGCAGGGUGGUUGGUCACCGAAGCUUGAGGAAAUAUUACCGGCAAAAUCUGCAUAAUUACCCUACGGCCGCCGAGCGAAUGGAACGUGCCCAGAGAUUGAUCGAAGAGGGAAGCUCAGAAGACGCGGACAUGGACGACGUGGAUCUUCCGGCAACCCCUCCUCGAAAUAGUCUCAUGCGACGCGGUGAGGCCGGUAUGCUAGGCGCCACGAGCCAGCAGCGACGAGAUGUCCGCUCUGAGGAGAUUAGAGCUAGACAAAAGGAGCGACGGGCGCAAAAUCGGUAUCAGGCCAAGUUGGAGAAGCAGGCCAACAGUCAAAAACACUACCGGGUAAGUGUUGAUUGA